CUCAACUUCGAAAGUCCUCAUCUUAUCUAUUUCUGAAGUAAUCUGAUCCCUAUGAUAACGCCACCGCAACCAUAAGUAGCGGUUCCCAGAUCAGCAAGAAGUUCACAGCACCAACCAGCACCAGCAGCACAAGAUGAAGAAGCUUCACGUCGCCGUGGUCGCUUCUCUCCUGGCCCUGGCCGCGGCCGCGCCGGUGGCCGGCGCCGUCACGUUCGACGCGACGAACACGGCGUCCGACACCCCCGGCGGCGAGCGGUUCGACCAGGCCGUCGGCCUCGACUACGCCGAGCAGGUCCUCUCCGACGCGUCCACCUUCGUCUGGGGCACCUUCAACCAGCCCAGCCCCGCCGACCGCAGGCCGGUGGACGCGGUCACCCUCGUCGUCGAGGACAUCGGCGGCGUCGCCUUCACCGGCGGCAGCGAGAUCCACCUCAGCGCCCAGUACGUCGGCGGCUACUCCGGAGACGUCAAGACCGAGGUGACCGGGGUGCUGUACCACGAGGUGGUGCACGUCUGGCAAUGGGGGCUGCAGGACUACGGGGCGCACCCGGGGAUCUUCGAGGGCAUCGCCGACUACGUCCGCCUCAAGGCCGGGUACGCGCCGGGGCACUGGGUGCAGCCGGGGCAGGGCGACCGGUGGGAUCAGGGGUACGACGUCACGGCGAGGUUCCUGGACUACUGCGACUCGCUGCAGCCGGGGUUCGUGGCGCAGCUCAACGCCAAGCUCAAGGACGGGUAUAGCGAAGACUACUUCCUGCAGAUCCUGGGCAAGAACGUGCAGCAGCUGUGGCAGGACUACAAGGCUAAGUACGGGGGCUGACAAUGACAUGGAUGGGUAGUCCGUGGUCAACAGUCAACCAAGUCAAUGCCUAGCUUGGUGUGAUAUUGUUGUUGAAUAGUACUUGAAUAAGGUGUUUGUUGACCACCUCGCAAACUACUAUUGCUUAAUGAAUGAUCAAUAAUAUAGUUAUAUACAUGUCGUCAUGUGUGGACGUUUUUCUAAUUUUUUUUUAAAAAAAGACGUGCAUAAAAGGCAUAUUCUUGGUUGAGUUGUAAACUUGUAAUGGAAUUAUUAUUUUGAGCUUCAAGUGUA